AUAAAUAAAAAUGGUAUUAUAAAUUCCAUUACUAUCAACCUUUUUCUUUAUUUAGAAGCCCAGAUUCACUCCAUCACUCUCAUCCUUUCUCUCUCGAUCGAUUUUCGUUGCUAUGGCUAAGAGCUCCUUUAAGUUGGAACACCCCCUUGAGAGGAGGCAGGCUGAAGCUGCACGCAUUAGGGAAAAGUAUCCGGACAGAAUCCCGGUGAUUGUUGAAAGGGCGGAGAAGAGCGAUGUGCCUGAAAUUGAUAAGAAAAAAUAUCUGGUUCCUGCUGAUCUAACUGUUGGCCAAUUUGUCUAUGUUGUUCGGAAGAGGAUUAAGCUGAGUCCUGAGAAGGCUAUAUUCAUUUUUGUGAAGAACAUCCUACCCCCAACCGCUGCUAUGUUGUCUGCCAUAUACGAGGAAAACAAGGAUGAAGAUGGUUUCCUCUACAUGACUUACAGCGGCGAGAACACGUUCGGGUUCAUCGAGGAAUAUGAUCAAGGGAUAUACGUGUGAGUAUGGCUUGC